AUGAACCCUGAGCUUGGCGAUCGGUUAGCAGACCUGGCGGCCAGAUCCUCGGAAACGAGAUCUGUACUUGACCCUUUCCACCUGAUGCCUCAAAGUCCACUCACCGACCUCACCAACUUGCCACCACAUCUCUCGGCCCCCAACGACGACCCAGACCCUCGCCCUCAGACCGAUACCCACCCCAUGCCACGAGCGUCAAAUACCCCUACUCCAGCCCCGCCAAACGACUCUCCAGGAGCAUCUCAGCCCUCGUCUGACGUUACAGGGCGUCCACUCAAUGUCACCGACGCUCUGAGCUAUCUCGACGCCGUGAAGAUGCAAUUCCAAGACAAGCCAGAAGUGUACAACCAGUUUCUAGACAUAAUGAAGGACUUUAAGAGUCAAGUAAUCGACACUCCUGGAGUAAUCCAACGCGUUUCUAUGCUAUUCAACGGGAAUCCCUAUCUAAUUCAAGGCUUCAACACAUUCCUACCCCUAGGAUACCGCAUAGAUAUCUCAGUAGACCCUCUUGACCCCAACGCAAUCACAGUCACUACACCGCUUGGCACGACCAUUCAAAACACCAAUUCCACCUCACCAAUUCCAAGAACAGGUCUUGGAAUACCGCCCCCCGCCGUUGCAAAUCCAAUGCUUUUCCUAGCAUCUACCCCCACUCCCCACACAAUCCUCGGGGGCAUGACCCCACGGUCUCUGACGCCACAAGUCUUCCAGCUUGCACAUGGCCAACCUCAGUUUGACCCGACAUUCUCCCCCGGGUUCCAAAACCCAACUGCUGCAGCAGCGUCGGUGUUGGGCAAUCUAAAUAAUAAAAACCCGACAGUGGAGAAGCAGCCUCCUGGCGAGUUCAAUCACGCUAUACAAUACCUCAACAAAAUCAAGGCCCGCUAUUCAGAGGAUCCUAAUACUUACAAACAAUUCUUGGACAUUCUCCAAACGUAUCAAAAGGAGCAGAAACAUCUUCAAGAUUCGCAAGUGUAUGUUCAAGUUCAAACAUUGUUCAAGAAUGAUCAGGAUUUGUUGGCGGAAUUCAAGGAUUUUCUUCCAGAGGCGGUUGGUGGUGGUGGUGGACCAUCUGUGCCUUCGGUUGUGCCACAGGUUCCUGCUGCAGGUCCAGCUUCUUGGCCUCAACCUGAAGCGUCCAGUUCGAGUCCCGUAGCUGUACCCGCAAAGAAAUCCACCCAAGCCUCCAAGCGUAAGAAGCGAGUCGUCGAGAAAGAGCCUACCCCUGCCCCUCCCACAAAAGUCGUUCCAUCUAGACAAACCAAGAAAACCAAGCUUCAACAUAACCCGGACACCGGAUCACCCGCAUUUUCACCCUAUGUUGCGCCGCAUUCUCCUCCUCAAUAUCCACACGCUACAUCAGCUUUACAAUCCCAUCACAUACAGUCGCAACCUUCUUUGCAUCUCCCAGGUCAUUCAGGGAACGCAUCUGCGGAUAAACUCUUGUUCUUCGACCGUGCGAAGAAAUCCCUCGAGAAUCGGGAGGUGUAUGAAGAGUUUCUCAAACUUCUUGGCUUGUUCUCAAAGGAUAUUUUUGAUGUGAACACGCUCAUUGAGCGAACACGAGUAUUUCUAGGAGACGGGGAGCUCAUGUCGGAAUUCAAGGAUCUGGUGGGCUGGGAUGAUCGACAGGAGAGCGUCGAAAAUGGCCCUCCGGGCAGCAUCAGAACAGGCCCCCCUGUAGCCCUAGCUGCUUUGCCGGCGGACGAUGGAGAAGGGCCUAGCUAUCGAAGGCUUCUUGACAGUGAGGUCAGGCUUGCAUGCUCAGGCCGCGACGAGCUUUGCCGUUCGGUUCUGAAUGACGUAUGGGUUUCUCAUCCUACCUGGGCCUCAGAAGAGGCUCAGUUCGUUGCUCACAAGAAGAACUCUUUUGAGGAAGCCCUUCAUAAAAGCGAGGAGGAGCGCCAUGAGUACCAUGUUCAGAUCGAAGCUUUGACGAGAACAAUAGCUGUAUUGGAGCCCCUCAGCGCCAGGAUCGAGGAUAUGACGAACGAGGAGCGGUCAUUAUUCAAGCUUAAAUCUGAUUUCGGUGGCGCAGGCAAAUCGAUUUAUCAUCGGAUGAUCAAGAGGGUUUAUGGAAAGGACAGCGGACUGGAGAUAAUCCAAGCCCUCCAGGAUUGCCCAAGUGUCGCCGUCCCUGUUGUACUCGCUCGGCUCAAGCAAAAAGACGAAGAAUGGAGGCGUGCCCAACGUGAAUGGAGCCGAACCUGGAGAGAGGUUGAUUCCAAGAAUUUUUACAAGUCGUUGGACCACCAGGGAAUUAGCUUCAAGCAGAAUGACAAGAAGAAUAUCACAGCCAAAUACUUCGUGGGGGACAUUGAGGCCAUUAAAAGUGAACAGCUAAGUAAGGAGAAAUUCGAUUUUGGAUCGGUUGAACACCAGCUGGAAUACACGUUCUACGAGACCUCAGUCCUACUCGAUUCCCUCAAGAUGGUCUACUCUUUUCUUGACCGUUCUCAAGCUCAAUACAGUGCACCGGAACGUCGAAGCGUUGAGAAAUUCCUGCGGGCGUUCAUUCCUCGACUCUGCAAUUAUCCAGAGGCGGAAUUUAACGCAGCGUGCGGCCCUCUAGAAGGCCCUCACGAAGAUGAAGCGAUGCAUGAUAUCAAUGGGCAUGCGGAUGGCCAGAGGAGUGGUCGUCGGUCAAUAGGGAGUCCACACUCUGCUCAAUCCGGCGGCGUGCCCGCGAAUGAUCUCAGAAAGAAGCUCCUCAGGACAGCUCAAGAGAAAGCGGCGGGGAGAGACGCUCACGCUUCUUCAGGUGAUUCACGGCCCAUGUCCCCUUCACUUGAACAUCUCCACGCCUCACAUUCUUACGAUGACUCUCGGGCGAUUCCUGACAUAUGGAUCAAGGAUGCCGGUAUGAGGUCAGAGUUGUCGCCAUCAUCAGACGUGGAUCACCCUCUGUUUGUCAACACAACGUUCUAUACUUUGUUGAGGCUGCUUCAGCUGCUCUAUUCUCGUCUUUUGAUGUGCAAAGAGAUUGGUUCCCAGCUAGCUUUACAACAGCACGCCCCCUUACUCGCCAAUGUGGUUGCAGUGGACUUGGGGCUGGAUGAUCCAAAUGGACCAUCAGCGGUGCUGGCUCAGACGAUGGAAGUCCUUGGUCGCGAUUCAAGCGAGGGAGCCAAUGUGGUUUACAUGUACCUCUUGAGUGCGUGUGAAAAGUUGUUUGACAACGAGCUAGAUCAAGCAACAUUUGAGGAGCACAUGCGGUGGUUUUUCGGCACGAAGGCCUAUCACCUAUUUACGUUAGACAAGUUAAUUACGGCACUCAUCAAACAGGUUCAGACAAUCAUAUCCGAUAACAAAUGUCAAGAGUUGUGGACCCUCCUGCAAGCAGCGCAAAACUCCGAUCGUCUCUCGCAGCAAGAUAUUAUUAGGUAUCGUCGGGAGGCCGAACGACACGUUGGUCAGGAUGAUCAUUUAUAUCGGUUACAAUGGGUCCGAGAAUCCAAGUGCAUACAUGUUUCCCUCGUAGGAGCCGAUGAUCCUAGCAUUCCAACGGACGGCCUUGCGAUCAGUCGCUGGCAAGGGUACCUCAACACCUUUGUCAUGACGUAUCCGACGGAGUGGUUGCCUGCAGCUCAUACAAAGGAAAAGCGAUCGCCUGUGAUGUUGAAACGAUGUGUGAGAGCGAAUUCAGACAGCAUCGCCUCGACGACAAAAAUAGAAGGAUACAUGAAGAUUCGAGUGAGGCUGCCCACUUACAAGAUGGUGUAUGAGAGUGGUAGCGAAGAUUUUUUGUGGCGAAAGAGGGGUGCGGAAGAGUGGCGAGUAUUGGAGGAGCGGGAUAGGGCACGUAAAGAAGAAAGGGGGAAAUGUUGUUGGCUCCAGUGUGCCUGA